UUAAUCAGAUCUCUAGACGGCAGACUUCAAGUGUUUCACCGUAAAGGUCUCCCUCACGUCAUAUACUGUCGACUGUGGCGUUGGCCUGAUCUCCAGAACCACCAAGAGCUCCAGCCUGGUGACCGCUGCGAGUACGCCUUCCACCUGAAGAAAGACGAAGUCUGUGUCAACCCUUACCAUUACGCACGAGUGGAAGUUGGUCAGUGGGAAAUCUUUUUUAUUUUUUUAUUAUUGCUUUUCCUGGGCAAAAAAAUCCAAAGAUGUGUUUGUCUUCAUUUUGCUAUCUUCUUAAUUGUCAUUCUGUGGUUAUUCUCUGUUUUAAAACCCUUAUUGACUUGAUUGUGUCUCCUAACAUUUCUUGAUGCAGAAAACUUUAUGAUAAAGAAAAAUUUAAUCAACUGCCACGACAACCUAUUUUUUUUUUCCACAACAGCUUUGCCACGAGUCCUCGUGCCUCGGCACACAGAGAUCCCAGAUAUCCUACCCAAACUUGAAGACUACAGUAAUACCAUACCCGAAAACACGGAUCUCCCAACCAACAGCAGUAUCAAUGAUACUACCUUCAAUAUAUCGGGUUAGUGUCUCUCGUAACUUGUUUGUAGCUGUCAUCAAAUAAGUCAUUGCCGUAACAUUGCAUUAUCAAAAUGCCUUUAACCUCACAGUUUGAAAAAUGUAUGACAUUCUGGACUAGCCAGUUGCUAUGCCACACACUUUUCAAUAUGGUACCAAUAGAUUUAUAGCAAACAUGCAUGCCUCAUGAUUUAUUUAUUUUUAAAUCAAUCAAAUGUACAACAUAUUCUUUAAAAUGUUGAAAAGAGUAUUGAAGAUGUAUUCACCAAACUCAACAAAAUCAUCUUAAAAGUAAUCCAAUCAUUUUCCCACAGAUACACCCUCCCCGGGGUAUCUGAGUGAAGAAGGGGACACAACCGACAGUCAGGGCAUGGGUAAGUUUUAUAGUUAUAGAACUUUCUAUCUUUUGAUGAAAUUUACGCCAUCUCCACCCAGAGAGCCAGUACAGACCUGCAUGUUUUCACCGGUAGGGUAAAUUUAUUUUUAGCAUUCAGAUAAUGCAGACUUACAUCAUCAAGAUCUUUCAGAUUUUUACUUUUAGUUCCUUGGAUGUGGAAUUUAAAAAUAACAAAAUACCGAAGUCACAAAAGUGAUGGACAAAAACUAAUUUAUUUAUUUUAAAAAGUUUUUAACAAAAUAUGUAAGUUGCAGAAAUGAUCAAUUGUAAAAAAUAAUUUCCUUUUUUUUUUUGUGACUCGCAGAAUAAUAAAUAUAACAAAUGACACAUUUCUUGCAAUAUUCUUGUAUAGAAGAUUAGUUUACCUGCCAUUAUAAAUUGCAGAAUUAUGAUAAACUGCAAUAAAAAAAAAAAUACAAUUUGAUUUUUACUAUUAAAAAAAUCAUGUUGAUCAUCAUAAGUGCUGCUUAAGAUAAGUUUCAUAAUAUGCCGAAAAUAGAUUUUUAAAAAAUGUGCAUGUAAUGUCAAACCUAAUAAAGAAUUAAGGAGUUUUAAAAAAGAAAAUUACAUUUCAGAUGGCAUAGACAUGUCACCCAGCCCACCUCCAUUAGGUAAGUUGCUAAAGUAACUGUAUACACUUCCAAUAAUGGACUUAGAUGAGUGUGAAUAUUCCGAUGUCCUUGGUGAAAAAGAACUAGUAUGAGUCCAUCAUUAAUGUUUUGCAAAAAGAAAAUGAAUUGAUUUCAAUAAUAUUAAUUUUAAAUGAAAGUCAGAGAGUUUAACUUAGACCAAUUUAUUAUGCAAAAGUAUAGUAGUCAUCAUUCUUAACAAAAGUAUGGUAGUCAUCAUUCCUAACAAAAGUAUAGUAGUCAUCAUUCCUAACAAAAGUAUAGUAGUCAUCAUUCCUAACAAAAGUAUAGUAGUCAUCAUUCCUAACAAAAGUAUAGUAGUCAUCAUUCCUAACAAAAGUAUAGUAGUCAUCAUUCCUAACAAAAGUAUAGUAGUCACCAUUCCUAACAAAAGUAUAGUAGUCAUCAUUCCUAACAAAAGUAUAGUAGUCACCAUUCCUAACAAAAGUAUAGUAGUCAUCAUUCCUAACAAAAGUGUAUUGACAUUAGUUAAAUCCCAUAACAACUGGUAACACUAAACGUAGGCGGCCAUGUUUUAAUGCGUUAAAACAUCUUUCCACAUUGGUGGUUAGGUUGUUGUUUUUUUUCUCACUCUGGGUUUACACACACACACUACCCGGACAAGAAAACCUGGUUUUCAGGGCCGAUAGGUCAGUUCCAUCAGUCUAUCUGUCCAUAAAUAGAUGGAAAGGAUGUCGUUGAAAAGAAAGUUCUACGACUCAGUGGUUGUGUGGCAAAUGCACACCCAUUGCACCACAUUGUUGUAGUCUUGUGUUUGCAAAAAUUUAAUUUAUAAUGUCCCGUGUUGUACUGUCUUUAAUUUUCAUUCUUUCCUCUUCAUGGUUUCAUUUCUUGAAUUUGUAAAAAUAAUUUUGGUUGUAAUUAGACUGUUUAUCUGACACUGUCCUAAUUUUUGGGCAUUUCGGCUUUGAUGUUUUUCCUCCUUUAGGCUGUCAGACUUGUUCUGUGAUGUUUUCCCUCAUAAGGAAUAUCAGACUUGUUUUCUAAUGUUUUCCCUCAAUUAGGCUAUCAUGACUGUUUCUGGUGUUUUCCCUCAUUUUGGCAAUCAGGCUUGUUUCUGGUGUUUUUCCUCAUUUAGGCUACCAGACUUGUUCUCUGAUGUUUUCCCUCAUUUAGGCUAUCAGAACUGUUUCUCAUGUUUUCCCUCAAUCAGGCUAUAAGACUUGUUCUUUGAAGUUUUACCUCAUUAAAGAUAUCAGACUUGUUCCCUUUCCUUCUGUAGACAACAACCCUGAGAUGCAGCCUGUCACAUACAAAGAGCCUGAGUACUGGUGCUCCAUAGCUUACUAUGAGCUGAACAUGAGGGUUGGAGAGACGUUUCAUGCCUCCCAGCCAUCACUCACUGUGGAUGGCUUCACAGACCCCAGCAACUCUGAACGAUUCUGUCUUGGUCUCUUGUCCAAUGUCAACAGAACUCAGCAGGUGGAAAUGACACGUCGACAUAUAGGUGAGAAUGAUGGAAUUCAUUUGUAUCUAGAAAUUUGCUAAAUUAAAAAGUCAUAAUUCUAGAGUGAUACGAUUUGUCAAAGUCUGUCUAUAAUUAUCUCAUCCCAUUUUAAUAAGUUUGUAAUUUAGAUUUAUUUGUUUAAAAAUGUCAUUGAAUUUGUUUAAAAUAAUAAAAUUCUUUGUGCUUACUAAUUGAAAUAUAGUACAGGACACGGCAGUUAAAUUAGUUUUUUAAAUUUAUUUCUUUUAUUUAAAGAAAUCCUUGUUAAAAUUGUAGGAUCAUUCAAAAAUGUUUUCUUAUUCAAAUGGUCAUUAUUAUUUCUGAGUAGUACUGACCAAGAUUAUGUCUACAAAAGUCUGAGAAGCUGGAUUUUCUAAAAUUGACCAAUAUUAUGUCCAAAAAAAAUACUAGUGAAUAUUUAGAAAAUUAUUGAACACAAACAUCAAAGUAAAUAAAAUAAAAUUGCAAGCAUAUUUAAAACACCUAAUAAUACCCUAAAACAGGCCUGCACAAUAUAUGGCCCAGCACCCACUUUUCGGCCCGCGAAGAAACGAAAUAUUCUUUAUUCUUAUUAUUUUCUUAAUAGCUUUCUGCACUGUUAUAUCUUCUUUUGGCCCGCAUUAGUCCUGCCCUAUUUUCUUUUGGCCCGCACAAGUUUUUUAUAAAGUAUUACGGCCCACCUUACAUUUUGAGUUGUGCAGGCCUGCCCUAAAAUGUACUUGAAAGUGUAUUACAUUAAUGGCGUUCUCAAGUCUGCAAAGCUAUGAUUAUUAUUGGAGGAUGGAAUGUCACAAUUUAAUUAAUUUUAACAGUUUGAACUAUUGCUUUUAAAUAUUCUGUGGCCCACAGAGUUGGCAUUGCUCUACAGCACUUGUUUACAUUCUUCAAUUUCAAAUCAUCUUGAUGAACUUAACCUAUAUUAGCAUGUAAAACAUGAUCAAGUAAAAUGGAAACCCCUAACUUACAUUUUUUACAAUUAUGAAUAGAUUUUUAAUGUAGGAGUAAUUAUAGUUGACUAGAAAAAAGCUUUGAAAUGCAUGCCAUGCACAAUGGUUGAGUGGUAGUUAAAACAAAAUAGCUCCCGGGAUUAGCUUCAUGAACGAUUUUUGUCCAAUAACUUCCACAGGGAGAGGAGUGAGACUGUACUACAUUGGGGGUGAGGUGUUUGCCGAGUGUCUAAGUGACAAUGCCGUCUUUGUUCAGAGCCC